AUGGAGGCUAGCCUUCUACCUCUUAAUGAGCAAAUAUCGCGCUUCCGUCAGGCGAUAGAAAGCAACAAAACACUCAUGACCGUUUUAUCGCGCGCUGCUGACAUGAAACUCCCCAAUUGGUACUUGGCUGCUGGUGCUCUCACGCAGACUGUCUGGAACGUUGUCACCGAUCGAGACCCGGAGCAAGGAAUCAACGACUACGACUUGAUCUACUUUGACGGAACAGACUUAUCAUGGGAUGCUGAAGAUGCUGUCAUCCAGGCUGGAAAGAGAAUCUUUGCAGAUAUCCCAAUUGAAGUCGAGAUUCGGAAUCAAGCACGCGUGCAUCUGUGGUAUGAGGAGAAAUUUGGCAGACCUUGCCCGCAACACCAUUCAUCUGAAUCAUCCAUGACUACUUGGGGAACCAACACGGCGCUUAUAGGAGUUCGACUAAGAGAUGACGGGGAAUGGGAUAUCUUUGCGCCAUGGGGCUUCUCGGACAUGUUCAGGCUUAUAGUCCGCCCCAACCAGUUGAUAAUGACGGAGGAGGCAUACAACAAGAAAGUUCAACGUUGGAUGAAGGUGUGGCCUGAGAUAACAGUUUUGCCUUGGAAAUAA